AUGAGUUCUACUUGUGCAUAUCAUAAUAACGUACAAAAUAAUUUAUCAAGAUCGAUAAAAUAUUAUUUUCGUAGAUAUUUGGGUUCAAAAUAUUCUAAUAUAGACCCACAACCAAAACCAUCUCACGUCAGAAUCGUCAUAUGGUCAUUUAUCACUUCGUUUAUUGGCAUUGGAACUUUAGGUUUGUUCACUUGGAAUAUUGAAUUCUUUCGUGAAAGAGAAAUACCUGUUAGUAUCAGUAGUAUGGGAGCUACCGCCAUAUUGAUUUAUGGUACUUGCGAUUCACCCUUGGCUCAACCAAGGAAUCUAUAUUUAGGACAUAUAACGUCCUCGUUAAUUGGAAUCACCGUGAAUAUAAUGAUGAAACAAAUCACUGCAAAUCCCAUAGGUUACAAAUGGUUAACAUGCGCGUUAUCGGUCUCUCUGUCAAUGUUAGUCAUGCAGCUGACCAAUACAAUUCAUCCACCGGCUGGCGCAACAGCAUUAAUGUUAGCAUUAGACGAUCCAAAAAUCACCUCUCUCGGUUAUUUAUUUGCGAUUGUUCCGGUAUUGCUUGGAGUGACGCUAAUGUUUGUAAUAUCGUUAAUAUUACUCAAUAUUCAAAAUAAAUAUCCAGUUUAUUGGUGGAAACAAAAGGUUAUCGAUGAUCAAUGUCCCGACUUUCCGGUUCGUUCGCGAAAUGAUGACCUUGAAGUUGGGCGGCAUGUGACUUUUACAACCCCUGCUUUAUCAUUUAACGUUCGGAAUGAAAAUCGUGAAAGGUUUCAUAAUAAUAAUACAAGUCAAUCGAAUUCUCUUUCUGAAAUUACUUUAGCAAAUAAAUCACUCGAUUCAUCAUCUCGCUCCAAACAGGUGCAACAACACGAAUUGAGCUUAAGUGAAGCAAAUGAAUAUAUUUCCAAGUUGGAAAAUGAUUUAAACGAGCUUCGAAGCCGUAUUCAACAACUCGAAUUAUAA